CACGGAGCGGCGCUGGUUUCUCAGUGUUUUGCUCAAGAAGAUCGCAUAGAUACUUGAUUGGACGCCCUGGUUGUUACUCUGUAGUCGCGCGCUCUUGAUGCGGCUUUAGGAACCUACCGCUAGCUUCUGGGCUGCAAGGCCUGGAAAGAAUCUUGUCGAGGCGGCUCGAGAAGGGUCAGGGGCGUCUAGGCGUUCUUGGAGUUAGCCCCUCAGCGCCAUGUCCUGGAUGUUCAAGAGGGAUCCUGUUUGGAAGUACUUACAGACUGUCCAAUAUGGAGUCCAUGGACAUUUUCCACACCUCCCCUAUCCAACUUUCUUCCCAUGUUUUGAAUUCCAAGAUGUUAUUCCUCCAGAUGACUUCCUAACUAGUGAUGAAGAAUUAGAUUCAGUUUUGUUUGGAAGUUUGAGAGGUCAAGUGGUUGGACUACGCUAUUACACCGGAGUAGUUAAUAAUAAUGAAAUGGUUGCAUUACAGCGAGAGCCUAAUAACGCCUAUGAUAAGAAUGCAAUUAAAGUAAAUAAUGUGAAUGGAAAUCAGGUUGGCUAUUUAAAGAAAGAGCUUGCGGUUGCUUUGGCCUAUAUCAUGGACAACAAAUUGGCACAAGUGGAAGGGGUAGUUCCUUUUGGUGCAAAUAAUACUUUUACCAUGCCACUGCAAAUGACUUUUUGGGGAAAAGAAGAAAAUAAAAAAGCAGUUUUAGAUCAGUUGAAUAAGCAUGGAUUUAAAUUGGGUCCUGCACCAAAAACUUUGGGAUUCAGUUUGGAAAGUGGUUGGGGCUCUGAAAGAGCUAGACCAAGCCAUAGUAUGCCAGGUCAUGCUGCGGUACAGAUGACAACUGAACAGCUUAAAACGGAAUUUGACAGAUUGUUUGAAGAUUUAAAAGAAGAUGAUAAAACUCAGGAAAUGGAACCAGCUGAGGCUAUUGAAACACCAUUGCUUUCACAUCAAAAACAAGCUCUAGCGUGGAUGAUUUCACGAGAAAACAGUAAAGAACUUCCACCAUUCUGGGAACAGCGAAAUGACUUAUACUAUAACACAAUAACAAAUUUUUCUGAGAAGGAACGACCAGAAAAUGUCCACGGGGGAGUUUUAGCUGAUGAUAUGGGCUUGGGUAAGACACUUACAGCCAUUGCAGUAAUUCUAACCAAUUUCCAUGAUGGCAAACCUCUUCCUGUUGAAGGAAUUAAGAAUCAACUGAAGAAGGAAUGUAAGGAAGGUAAUGUUAAUCAUGAUUCUGUGAAGCUUGGAGAAAACAGUACCAGUGAAAAAGUAGAUGGCCCAAGCAAAGAAGUAGAAGGAUCUGGAUGUAUUGAAGAACCCAGUGUUUCACCUAUCAAGAAGAAUAAGUAUUCCAUAUUAGAUUUCUUUGGCUCCCCGGCCAAAAGAAGAAAAAUUACUGCCCAGCACAUUGAAAGUAGUGAUUCAGAUGAAAUUGAAACAAUUGAAUUGCCACAGAAGAUAAAAGGAAAACUGAAAAAUGUACAAUCAGAGAAUAAAAGCUUAAAAGGAGGAUCAUCUAAGGUUAAAGAAGAUGCAACAUUUGGAUUUAUCCCACCUUCCCCUACUGCAAGAAAGAAAAUGUUAAAAAAGGGAACAUCUACAAUGGAUAGUUCAAAGAAAACUGAUGUUGAGGAGAGACCAAGAACAACACUGAUCAUUUGUCCACUUUCUGUGUUAAGCAACUGGAUUGACCAGCUUGGACAGCAUAUAAAGCCAGAAGUACAUUUGAAUUUUUAUGUUUAUUAUGGUCCUGAUCGUAUUAGAGACCCAGCCUUGCUUUCAAAACAAGAUAUUGUUUUGACUACAUACAAUAUUUUAACUCAUGACUAUGGAACUAAAGGUGAUAGUCCACUGCAUGGCAUAAAGUGGCUGAGAGUGAUCCUGGAUGAAGGCCAUGCUAUACGAAAUCCAAAUGCCCAGCAGACAAAAGCUGUACUUGAUUUAGAAGCAGAAAGAAGAUGGGUAUUGACUGGUACUCCUAUUCAGAAUUCUUUGAAGGACUUGUGGUCUCUUCUUUCCUUCUUAAAACUUAAACCAUUUCUUGAUAGAGAAUGGUGGCACAGAACAAUACAGCGUCCUGUUACAAUGGGAGAUGAAGCAGGACUUAGGCGCUUACAGUCCCUAAUUAAAAAUAUAACACUUAGACGAACAAAGACAAGCAAAAUUAAAGGAAAACCUGUUUUGGAGUUACCAGAACGUAAAGUAUUCAUUCAGCACAUUACACUUUCAGAUGAAGAGAGAAAGAUUUAUCAGUCUGUGAAAAAUGAAGGCAAAGCUACUAUUGGAAGGUAUUUUAAUGAAGGAACUGUCCUUGCACACUAUGCUGAUGUCCUUGGUCUUUUGCUUAGAUUGCGGCAGAUUUGUUGUCACAUUCACCUUCUUACAAAUGUAGUGGCAUCCAGUGGUCCUUCAGCCUUUUCUCUAGGAAAUGAUACACCUGAAGACCUGAGAAAGACAUUAAUAAAGAAGAUGAAGUUGAUUCUGAGCUCUGGUUCAGAUGAAGAAUGUGCAGUUUGCCUGGAUUCUUUAACAUUUCCUGUGAUAACUCAUUGCGCACAUGUAUUUUGUAAACCUUGUAUUUGCCAAGUCAUUCAGAAUGAGCAGCCACAUCCUAAGUGCCCUUUAUGCAGAAAUGAUAUUCAUGGAAAUGAUCUAUUAGAAUGUCCUCCAGAAGAAUUGGCAAGUGACAGUGAGGAAAUGUCUAAUGUGGAAUGGACAUCCAGUUCAAAGAUUAAUGCUCUAAUGCAUGCUUUGAUUGAAUUAAGGAAGAAGAAUCCCAACAUAAAGAGUUUAGUUGUUUCUCAGUUUACAGCAUUCCUGUCUUUAAUAGAAACACCACUUAAAGCCUCUGGAUUUGUGUUUACUCGUUUGGAUGGUUCCAUGGCCCAAAAAAAGAGAGUUGAAUCAAUUCAGUGUUUUCAAAACACUGCAGCAGGAUCUCCAACCAUAAUGCUACUGUCCUUAAAAGCAGGUGGAGUUGGUUUGAAUCUUUGUGCAGCUUCUCGAGUGUUUUUAAUGGAUCCAGCCUGGAAUCCUGCUGCUGAAGAUCAGUGCUUUGACAGAUGUCACCGACUUGGCCAGAAGCAGGAAGUUAUUAUCACAAAAUUCAUUGUGAAGGAUUCUGUUGAAGAAAAUAUGCUGAAAAUACAAAACACAAAAAGAGAACUUGCAGCUGGAGCUUUUGGGACUAAAAAGACAAAUGCUAAUGAAAUGAAACAAGCUAAAAUUAAUGAAAUCAAAACUUUAAUUGAUUUAUAAUAUGUGGAUUUUAGUAAGGUGAGUUUUAUCAGAUACGUAAGUGCAGGAUAUGAGAAAAUAGAUUUAGGAGUAAGAUCUAGAAUGUCUUCUGUGCAGAACAUACUGUUUUAUAUUAGUAAACAGGUGUUACUAACACAUAAUAUCUUUUAUAUAUGGAUAUAUUUUUAAUGAUAAUUCAAAUAGCAAUAAGUUCUGUUAUAUAUUGUGGCCUAAAAUAAUUUUUUGAGGUAAAAGGUUACUUUGUUAUUCAGCUUUUCAUGGAUAACCCUAUGCUGAGUUUUUUUUUUCAUAUAUCUGCUAAGUACUCAGCUUUUUCGUAUUUCAAAUAAAAUCAGAUCUGUUAUUCUUUGAGCAGUGGAGAGUUUGGUAUAUAGGACACAUUUGGUUUUUCAGCAAAGAGUCUGAUUCGUAAUGCAGCGGAUUCACAGUUCUUGUAAAGGAUUUAUAUGAUUUUUAUUGACUUUCAAACCAUAUUUGCAUUCCAAAACCAAACUUUAAAUGAGAGACCAAAUUCUAAGCUAACAAAUUACUUCGAACUUUUCUUUUAAACAACUUCACUGAGAUAGUUUAUAUAGGUAACUUUUUUCCCCCCUGUGCUGGUGAUGAACCCAGUAGCUUGGCACUGAGCUAUGUCCCCAGCCCUGUUGUUAUAUUUUGAGACAGUCUUGCAAAAAUCACUGUUACCAAGGAUGGGCAUGUCUAAUCUUGGUUUCCUAGAGUGCUAGAAUUACAGGUAUGAGCCACCACACUUAGCUUAUAUCUGUAACUUUAGGUUUUGAAAAACUUAAAGACUGUGUUAAAGCACUAUUUUCUCCAUUUUAGUCAAGUGGUACUAUGUUGUUUAAAUGUAAUUUGACAUAGACAUGAGAUAUAUAGCCUACAGGGCUAAGAGGAAACCAGUUCUACCCAAUUUAAUUUGAAUAUCUAAAUUAUGGAGUUUGAAGAGAUAAUUCUAUAGAUAGAUAAUCUUUAUUUGUAUAGAUUUUUGGGGAAUAACUAUACAUUUUUAUAAUUCGGAAGACUGCUGUAUGUGAGAGGCGUGAUAUCUGGAUGGAAGUUAGGCUGGAUGACUUCCAAAGUCAUUUCAACUCUUAAAUAAAGCAUCUUAAUCCUGAAUGUAAAAAUUUCUUUGUUAUGUGUGUUUGAAAUCAGAAUUUGAUUUUGUAACUUUGGUAACUCAUUCCUCCAUUUUUGUUGUUAUUAUAAACAAACUCAUAGUAGCUGCCACAGAAUUCUAGAUAACUUUUGGGUCAUAUCUAAAAGAAGUAAGCUAUAAAUUUAGCACCUGUGUUAGGUAGUCCAUGGCUUUAUUUCCAAAAUAAAUACUUCCUGUAAUAAGAGAUGCUUUGUGCUUGGUAUAGACUUAACAUCUGAAAUUUUACUUACAGUGUUAAAAGUGGCUUGACUGAAAGAUAAUAGAGGCAAAUUGUGUUACAGGGUACAUAUCUAAGGUAUGUGUCAAAUAUGUCACCAGCUAAGUCCUUUCCCCCGGGUCCUAUCUCUUGCUCCAAGGAAGCACAUUGCCAUCAAGAAUUUUCUCAAUCUUUUUUUUUUCCUGAGAGGUAACGAAAAGUAGAGGGCUCAUAUUCAUUAACAUCAAUAAAGACCUUUUUGCUGGGAUGAGAGAGCAUUAACUUGAGGUUGGUCAGCUAGCAUUAGAGCCCUAGGGAAGUUCUUUACCUGGUAUGUCUAGCAUUAAAACAGGUUCAUCAGAAUCUUAUUAAAUGUGAUAUAUAGUUUCUCUGUAUACUAAUAUUACAGUGAAAUUGAGGCAUUUUUGAAAAAAAAAGUCUGUUAGUCUUGAUUACAGAAGCAGAGCCAGUUAAAUUCAACUGUCAGGUAAAGCAUCUUACCCAAAUACUUAAGAGUUGUGUUUUUAAACAUGUAAGUUUGGCAAGUCAUUUAAAAAUGUUUUGUUUUUGUAUAGUCCUAUUAAAUGGUGUUAAAUAAUUUAAUUCAUCUCAAGAAAAUAUAUACACCACUGCAAUGAGAACUAUGCUUAUGCUGUUAAUGCUCUUUGUUACAUAGAAUAGCAGCUUUAGAAAUACAUUGAAAACACUGUAUUUCCAGUUGUGGUUCAAACUGAAUUGUGAUUUAAACUGGAUUGUUUUAAAUUUAAAAAUAAAUGUUUCAAAAACUGA